AUGGCGCAGCCCUCGCCCGUGCCGCCCGCCAACGGCAUCUCGUCAGCCUCGCCGGAUCCCCCUAGCGACAACUCACAGCUGUCCGUCCCCGGCAAGCGGAAACGCGACGAUGACGGAGAGCCGGCGCCCGCCCAACACCAGGAGACGACGACUGUAUCUGACGAUUACGCGGGGAAAAACCCAGAGGACCUGCUCAAGUACUAUCACCAGGUUCUGAUUCAACUCGAUGAUAAAAAGACCGUCUUGACUCGUGUGCUGCCCGAAAACCAAACGGACCAAGAACCCCAAACCAAGCGCCAAAAAUCCGAGGAGCCGCCGACGCGCUCUACCAUCAGCGACAAGUUUGCGGCCAAGUCCUACACAACCAUUGAUGAUGUCGCCGCCGAUGUUACCGUCGCCAUCGAUGCGGCUCUCCAAGAUGUCGACGUGGCGGAAAACCCCAAGGAAGCCGUGCGUCUGAGGGCGUUCAGGCGCAAGGCUCUCAAGUACGUCGCACAGGAGAAGGCGUACCCUCAGAUCAAGGCGGAACCUCAGGCAGACCCGCAAACGACUUUCCAAGACGGCUCAUCGAUCCUGUCCAUUGUUGGCUUCGCACCGCAAGAAAGAAGAUUAUUUUCUAGUCUGCCCGCUUCCAAGGAUGUCGACAUGUCCGACGUGGCUUUGCCCCCUGGUGUGUCCAUUGUCACAGUUACCAGAUCAAGCCAGCAGGUACCGACACGGACACUUGGAGAGCUGUUCGGAUCGCACCGUGCUUUGCUGCCUUUGAACCCCCCGAAGCAGCCAAAGACACAAGCCAAGGGAACCGUGAUCGACUUUUACCACCCGGAACCGACAAAUGCGCGUACCAAUUGCUACUUCAACACGAAGCUGUCCUCUGGAUAUUACCUAGACUAUAGCAACGCUAUUCCCUCGUCCCAAGCUGUCCCCAAACAGCGCGAACGAGCCGAGAGUUUGGCUGGGAAGAAGCCAUCGAUGAGCGAACUUGAAAUGUCAGAGGUUGAAUCGCUGUUCCGCGGCGCAUUUUCUACAUUCGCACCCAGCAAAGAUGAUUCGGCCGCCGUUGUACCCUCCAGUGUCGCUGGGCGCAUCUGGUGGCAGCGCUCAGGCCAGCAAAUCUUUGAGCGUAUGCUAGAUGCUGAAUACUACGGAGACAAACAAAAUAAGGAACCGACUACCAAGUCUACGGUAGACGAGAUUGACGAGGCUGCCAUCCAGGACGCCAUCGAUCACUGGGACGAGACAGCUGUUGACCCCUCGUUAGAAAAGAUCAUGGGUACUCAAAGCAAGGUGGACAAGGAUACCGACGAUCUACUCGGCGAAGUCUCCGAUCUGAUCGAGACACUAGCGUCCUACCAGCGCAUCCGCAAUCUCACUCUGCCUAGCUCGCAGAACAGACAGUCCAGUGACCCCGUAACUGGCGAUAUGCUCGCGAACUCAGGCCCGGAACCCUCUGAGGAUGAGGUGGCCACGUAUGAGAUGCUCAAGUCUCAACUAGCCCUUAUUGUCAAGACAUUGCCGCCUUUUGCUGUUGCCAAGCUGAAUGGAGAUCAAUUGGAUGAGCUUCUCAUCAGCACCAAAAUACAAGUUCAGACAGACGACUACUACGGCACCAUGGAGGAGGACGAAGCUGGUGUACAAGCACGCCUGCGGGCUCAGCAGCAGCAGCAGCAGCAGCAGCAACAGCAGCGCAACAGCAGCAGCAGCAGCAGCAAGCAGCAACAACAGCAGCAUCAACAGCAGCAAGCGGCCCAGCAUGCUCGCCAACCACCGCAGCGUACCCCUAGUGUCGGGGGGCAUUAUCCAAACCAGUAUGCAGCCACCGCGCAAUACGGUACGCCCGGCCGUACACCGCAGCCGCAGCAAUUUUAUCGCCCCGGCUCUCAGCCUAGUUUCCAGGCACAACGUAACGCGACACCGCAACAGCCGCGCCCCCCUCAACCUAACCAGUACACGCGAGCAAACGGAUUUCCUGGCAACCAGUACGCCACGCAGCUGGCUAAAGCCCAGACACCAUAUGGACACCAAAACAUGCCCCAAUACGCAAACCAGCAACGGCAGCAGUUUGCCCAGACGCCGCAGCCACAGGCCGGCCCUCCGAACACUGCAACCUAUCACCAAUACCAACCACAUCAGCAGGGUGUCGCGCCUCCCGCAAAUUAUGCGGGGUAUACUAAUGGUACACCACAACAGCACGCCCAGCACCCGCAGCCGCAGCAACAAAGGCAGAUGUAUAGCCAGUCUCCUAACAUGCAGACUCAACAGCGGUUCGCGACGCCGACCCCUCAGCCAGGCACGCCCGGACAAGGAGCACGGUAUGCGCCUGGCCCAAACCAACCCGCCGGGUACAACCAGUCGCCCGGCCUCACGGGGUAUCACACGGUGAUUUCCGAGGCGCAGCAGCAGCGCAUCAUCGACCAGGCCAAGGCGCGUGUCGCCGCCGGUGGUCAGCAAGGGAGUUACCCUUCCGCCACCUUGGUCGCUGCUCGCGCGAACAUGACCAACCAACAGAAGCCGCAGACACCGACGCCGACAGGGCAGAGGUCCGGGACACCGACGCUGCUUCCUCACAAGGUGACACCCGUACCUGUACCUCCUAUUCCUGGCGCGAUGCCUCAGCAGCCACAGUUAUGA